AUGAUCCCUCCCAAGCAACAAACCGCCCUAAAAAUCACACCAGAAGGACGCAUUGCUGCAGUCUCAUCUCCCCUCCCAUCCCUCCAAGAUAACGAACUGCUCGUCUGCGUCAAAAGUAUUGCGCUGAACCCCUUCGACGCCAAAUCAGCCGAAAUGUCGCCCACCAUCGGCGCAACUCUGGGCUGCGAUUUCGCAGGCAAGAUCGUUGCAACAGGCUCCAACGCCAAUGACUUCAACUUCAGCAUCGGCGACAGAGUCUGCGGCUGCGUUUUCGGCAAUAAUCCAAAUAGGCUGGAUAAUGGUGCAUUCGCAGAGUACGUUGCCGUGCCGGCGGAUCUACUGCUUAGGAUUCCUGAGCAUAUGGACUACAAUGAAGCUGCGACGUUAGGUGUAGGGCUGGCGACUGUAGGGAUGUCGCUAUAUCACUGUUUGAGAUUGCCCAUGAAGCCUGAACAGGCUGGCAAGUCGCCCUCCGGCUAUGCCGCGAUUACCACCUGUUCGCCCCAUAAUUUCAACCUGGUCAAAUCCCUCGGCGCAACCGCAGCCUUCGACUACCACUCCCCAACGUGCGGGCGUCAAAUCCGCGACUUCUCCUCUGGAAACCUCUGGUACGCGCUCGACUGCAUUACAGACACACGGUCGAUGGCCGUCUGCUACGAAGCCAUCGGACCAUCCGGCGGUCGGUACCUCAGCCUCGACCCGUUCCCCAUCCGGGGCCAUACACGACGCAGUGUCAAGCCGAACUGGGUGCUCAGUGUAACGAUGUACAACCAGCCGAUUCCGUGGAAGAGGCCGUUUAAACGGGAUGCGUGUCCGCAGGACCUGGAGUUUGCGAAGAGCUGGUUCCAGAUCGCCCAGAGGAUGAUUGAUGCGGGUGAGAUCAGGCCGCAUACAUCGGAUGUGAAGGCUGGCGGGUGGAAUGGUAUCCCGGGGGGAUUGGAAUUAUUGCAGAAGGGAGAGGUUUCGGGGAGGAAGCUUGUGUAUGAGGUCGCGAGUCACUAA